CGAAACGCUUUCUUCCACCACACAAACUCUUCUAAACAGUUUUCUAAUAAUUCCUCUCCAUAUAUAUUCUUCUUCUUAUCUCUUUCUUUAAUCUCUAUUUAUUUUUAUCUCCUUUUUCUUCUUCUUCUUCUUCCAAAAUUAUCAUCCAUCAUAAUUCCACCAUGAACGAUCACUCUAAGAAAUAAUUAUUCAAUCUUAAUGAGUAGCAAAGUUCUCAUCCCUCCAUCACCAACGCCGCGUAAACGGCGCGGUGUUGGCGAGAUGGCAGGAGGCGCAGCAGCAGAAUGCACCGCAGUCUGCUGCUGUUGUCCCUGUGCAGUUCUCAACGUCGUCGUCUUAGCGGUUUACUCCUUACCGGCAGGGCUUUUCCGGAAGGCAGUUUAUCGAAGAAGACAACGACGGUUAAUGAAGAACGAUGCCAAAGUUAAGAAAACCGACGUCGUUUUUUUGCAAUCACAGAGAUCAAGCGUCGUUGACAAUGAUUUUAGGGUUGAUUCGUUACCGUUGGAUGAGCGUUUCAAGAAGGAUCGUUCGGCGGAGGAGAAAUUGGAAGACGUUGCUUUAGAGAAAGAGAUGUGGGCCCGGUUCGCGGGAACCGGGUUUUGGAGAAGUGAUUCUCAACGACAACCAAUUUGAACCGUUGAAAGAGUAAAAGUAAAACGGUGUCGUGUUGUAGUUCGUGGUGAUUGUGAAUUCGGCGGAAGAUGCGUUCGGUUGGAAUUGGAAUAUUAGCCAAAUGUGAGAAAUGGAGAAUGGUGUGUGUAUGUGUUGAUGGUUACGGAUAUUUCUAGAAUUUGUUUAGAUUAAUAAAUAAUUUGUGUUUGUACCCAAAAAAUAAUGUAUAUAUUUUGUGCUUAGUAAUUAAAAGAUUUUGAGAAAAAUAAUAUUGUAUUAUAUUGGAGUCAAAUGGUUGUUUAUUGAAAUUAUUAGGUCGGACACUAAGAUCAAAAUUCGAAUUACGAGAUGUGUGUGUGUGAGUGUUGUUUUAAAAAAAAUGUAUGUGAGUUUGGGAU